ACAAUCAGAAAACCUGCCAAUGUGAUCGAGAAAUGGCCGAGUCCGAACAAAGCAGCGUCUGGGACGUUGUCAUAAAGCAGACCAAGGAGGCUCAAGAAAAGGGUACUGAUCCUCUUCUCUGGUCAAUGCAAGUCUCGUCAAAUCUGAGCUCUGCAGGGGUGUGCAUACCUUCCAUGGAGCUGGCCAACGUGUUGGUCUCAUACAUUUGUUGGGAAAACAAUGUGCCCAUUUUGUGGAAGUUUCUUGAGAAGGCCUUGGUUUUGAACAUGGUGCCCUCUAUGCUUGUUCUUGCUCUGCUUUCCUCCAGGGUUAUUCCAAAUAGACGUGUGCAGCCAGCAGCAUAUAGGCUUUACAUGGAGCUCCUUAAGAGACAUGCUUUUUCACUCAGAUCCCAAAUUAAUGGGCCUAAUUAUCGAAAGGUUAUGAUAUCAAUAGAUACUAUUCUUAAUUUGUCCAAGAUAUUUGGUCUGCAAACAAGUGAAGCUGGGACUAUUGUGGUUGGGUUCAUCUUUUCGACCGUGUGGCAAUUGCUUGAUGCAUCGUUAGACGAUGAGGGGCUGCUGGAACUUACCCCAGAGAAGAAGUCUAGAUGGCCAACUAAACCCCAAGACAUGGAGAUAGAUGGUUUCGAUAAUCAUUGUGAGAAGAGGAUUGAACAUCUUGAGAGAUUACAGAAUCAUAAUACUUCGAUGGCUAUUGAACUAAUCUGGCAAUUUCUGCAAAAUAUAUUGACUUCCAAGAUUCUUAACUUGGCAAAAAGAAACAUGCCUAUACAUUGGGAGGCUUUUAUUCAGCAAUUACAUCUGCUUGCAGAAAAUUCAUCAGCAUUGAAAAACAGCAAAGUUACUAGUCCUGAGGCAAUUUUGCAGGUGGCUUCAGAUAUUUGCAUAACCCCACAAAAUUCCAAACUGCGUUCGGUACAAAAGUGCCAUUCGAUUAUGGAUUCUUCAGAGGGACUAAGCCGUGGAAUUGGUCGCUCUACUAUAUGGCUUCCGCUUGAUCUGGUACUCGAAGAUGCCAUGAAUGUUACGCAGGUCAAUGCCACAAGUUCUGUUGAGGUUAUCACUGGUUUGAUCAAGGUCCUUCAAGCCAUAAACUGUGCAACUUGGCAUGACACCUUUUUGGGUUUAUGGAUUGCAGCACUUCGUCUUGUCCAACGGGUUAACAUUUGUUUACUUUUUUCUCUUUUUAUGUUACUUCUUACUAAUUUUCAGGAAAGGGAUCCUCUUGAGUCCCCUAUGCCUCACCUAGACUCUCGCUUAUGCAUGUUGCUGUCUGUCACCCCUCUUGUGGUUGCUGGUCUUAUUGAGGAAGAUGAAAGUGCACAAGUAGACAAGAAAGAACAUAGCUUUGUCAGUCACUGGAGAAAACAAAAGGUCACAGGGAAGUCUCGCGAUGAUUUAGUCUCAAGCUUACAGAUGCUGGGAAAUUUUAUAGGACUUCUGGCUCCCCCUCGUUCUGCUGUUUCUGCAGCGAAUCAGGCUGCUGCAAAAGCAAUGUUCUUUAUCUCAGGGACUAAGGUUGAAAGUGCAUACUUGGAUUACAUCAGUACGAAAGACAUCUCGAUUGAUUGCUCAGGAAACAUGCGCCAUCUGAUAGUUGAGGCUUGUAUGGCAAGAAAUCUAAUAGACACAUCAGCAUAUUUCUGGCCAGGCUAUGUGAAAGGAUGCAUCAAUGAAAUACCUUGUGAGCCUGCUCAAGUGCCUGGUUGGUCAUCGUUAAUGCAAGGAUCGCCGCUUACUCCAUUGUUGACAAAUGAAUUGGUUUCAACUCCUGCGCCAAGUAUAACAGAGCUGGAGAAAAUAUUUGAGGUAGCCAUCAAUGGCUCAGAUGCAGACAAGAUAUCAGCAGUUGCCAUCCUUUGUGGAGCCUCCCUGAUUCAGGGUUGGAAUAUUCAAGAACACACUGCUCAUUUUGUUAUUAGGUUGUUGUCUCCUCCUUGUCCUGCAAAUUAUUCUGGAAGUGGCAGCCAUCUGAUAGGUUAUGCUCCCCUGCUAAAUGCGCUUGUUGCUGGGAUAUCAAGCAUCGAUUGUAUUAAGAUUUUGUCACAACUUGGCAUGGUUCCACAACUAGCAUGUUCAUUGAUGACAAUCUGUGAGAUUUUUGGGUCAUGUGUACCCAGUGACUCAUGCAGCAACACAACAGGGACAGAAACCUCUGAUCCUCAUAUUGUGUUUUCUAAUGGAUUCACACUUCUUCUGAAGCUGUGGAGGUUUAAUUAUUGCUUUGCAGAUCGACCAGGACAUGUCUCAACCGUUCGAUCUAACAUCAGUCCUGAAUACCUUCUAUUAGUACGAAACUCCCACCUAGCAUCCUCGGCAAAUGUCCACCAGGAUCAUAAUAAAAGGAGACUUGCAGCAGUUGCAAGCUCAUCAUCUGCACAACCUAUCUUUGUUGAUUUGUUUCCAAAGUUAAAAGCCUGGUACAUGCAGCACAAUGCAUGCAUCGCUUCAACCCUCUCUGGACUUCCCCGUGGAACCCCCGUUCAUCACCAUGUUGAUGAGCUUUUGAACAUGAUGUUCAAAGAAAAGGAGCAAGGAAGACAGUCUGCAGAAUCUAAUACUUCUGCAAGUGGAAGUUCAUCUAAAGAAGCAAAUGAACGUACCUUUUUAAGUAAAUUGCCUGCUUGGGAUAUUCUGGCAGCUGUUCCGUUCGUAGCUGAUGCUGCUUUAACAGCCUGUGCUAAUGGGAUACUCUCUCCCCGGAAACUGGCUACUGGGCUUAAAGUCUUAGUUGAUUUUCUUCCUGCAUCUGUGGCAACCAUCGUUAGCUACUUCUCAGCUGAAGUAACCAGGGGUGUUUGGAAACCAGCUUUUAUGAAUGGAAAAGAUUGGCCCAGCCCAAAUGCAAAUUUGUCAAAUGUUGUGGAAAAAAUCAAGGAAAUUAUAGCUGCCACUGCUGUUGAGGUCUCAAGCGCUGCUGCUUCAGAUGGAAGCUGUCAAGCUACAAUGCCGUUGCCUCUUGCUGCCUUAGUGAGCCUUACUAUAACAUAUAAAACCGACAAAGAUUCAAAACGAUACCUUGACUUAGCUAAAGUGGCAUUGGCUUCCAUUGCAGCAGGUUGCCCAUGGCCCUGCAUGCCAAUUGUUUAUUCACUCUGGACCCAGAAAGCAAAGCGUUGGAGUGCCUACUUUGUCUUCUCUGGAUCACGUACUGUCUUCCUCCAACACCGAAAUGCUUUUGUCCAGCUUCUUAAGAGCUGCUUCACUGCCACACUUGGCCUACAUUCCACUCCUCUCUCAUACAACGGAGGUAUUGGAGCUCUUCUUGGCCAUGGAAUUGGAUCUCACAUCCAUGGCAGGGUUUCUCCUGUUGCCCCAGCGAUCCUCUAUCUACAUGCUUAUCCAUAUUUAUCAGACAUUGUCUUCUUGAACAAAGAGAUUGUUUCCCUCUUGAUGCAUUCUGUGAGAGAGAUAACAGGUAGUGGGUUUCCUAUAGAGGGAUGCAAGAGACUGAAGACGGCCAAGAAUGUAAUGAUACAGGGAACGUAUCAGAUGGAUUCAAACUUGACUCGGGUUAAACUAGUGGCUUCACUCGCCGCUUCUUUAGUGUGGUUAUCUGGAGGCCUAGGUCUGGUUCAGUCAUUGUUUAAAGAAUUUCUGCCUUCAUGGUUUGUAUCUGUUCACAGCUCCAGACAAGAGGGAGAACCAAACGGAGUUGCAUGGCUAAAGGGAUACGUGGUUGCAUACUUUGCAUCUCUAUGUGGAGGCUUUGUAUGGGGCGUUGACUCAUCAUCCUGGGGAUCCAAGCGGCGUCCAAAGAUUCUUGGAACUCACAUGGAAUUUCUUGCAAGAGCACUUAAUGGCCAGAUAUCUCUUGGCUGUGAUGAGACCACUUGGCGCUCCUAUGUCUUGGGAUUCAUGAGCCUGAUGGUGGUUUGCAUGCCAACUUGGAUGCUGGAAGUGGAUGUAGAUGUGUUGAAGACAAUUAGUAAGAAGCUGAGGCAGUGGAAUGAGGAGGAGCUUGCUCUGGAUUUGCUGGGGAUUGGUGGUGUUGAUUUCAUGGGUGCAGCUGCAGAAAUGAUAAUUCAAAGCUAGCCAU